CGAAGCUCGGGUGUCCUGUGCUGUGUUCGCCGCCGGAAAUCAGGACUUUCUCGAGCCGGGGUCCAGAAAUUACAUAAAAUGGAUAUUUCUCACACUAGAUACUGAAUAUUAAGUAGAAGAUUAUCUAGUAAAAUCUAAGCUGCUAUGGAAGAAAUACCAGUAAAAGUUGCUGUAAGAAUCAGACCUCUGCUAUGCAAAGAAGUUCUUCAUAAUCAUCAAGCUUGUGUGAGAGUUAUUCCAAACACCCAGCAAAUUAUCAUUGGGAGAGAUAGAGUCUUUACUUUUGAUUUUGUUUUUGGCAAAAAUUCUACUCAGGAUGAAGUUUAUAAUACAUGUAUAAAGCCACUAGUGUUGUCGCUCAUUGAGGGCUAUAAUGCAACCGUUUUUGCCUAUGGACAAACUGGAUCUGGGAAGACCUACACCAUUGGAGGAGGCCAUGUUGCUUCAGUUGUGGAGGGUCAAAAGGGCAUCAUUCCUCGAGCUAUCCAAGAAAUAUUUCAAAACAUCUCUGAAAAUUCUAGCAUUGACUUUAAUAUCAAAGUGUCGUAUAUAGAAGUAUAUAAGGAAGACCUAAGAGAUCUUCUAGAAUUGGAAACAUCUGUGAAGGAUCUUCAUAUCCGAGAAGAUGAAAAAGGAAACACAGUGAUUGUUGGGGCCAAGGAAUGCCACGUGGAGAAUGCAGAUGAGGUGAUGAGUCUCCUGGAGAUGGGGAAUGCGGCCAGGCAUACAGGUACCACGCAAAUGAACGAGCACUCCAGUAGAUCACAUGCGAUUUUUACAAUCAGCGUUUGUCAAGUAGAGAAAAAUACAGACGCAGCGGAAGAUGGAUCGUGGUAUUCCCGUCGGCACAUUGUUUCAAAGUUUCACUUUGUGGAUUUGGCUGGCUCAGAAAGAGCAACCAAAACCGGGAAUACUGGUGAACGGUUCAAAGAAUCCAUUCAGAUCAACAGUGGGCUGUUGGCCUUAGGAAACGUCAUCAGCGCCCUUGGGGACCCGCGCAGGAAGAGCUCACAUAUUCCGUAUAGAGAUGCUAAAAUUACCCGGCUUCUGAAAGAUUCCUUGGGAGGCAGUGCCAAGACUGUCAUGAUCACUUGCGUCAGCCCGUCCUCCUCAGAUUUUGACGAGUCCUUAAACUCCCUCAAAUAUGCCAACAGAGCACGCAACAUUAGAAACAAACCCACCUUAAACUUCAGCCCCGAGUCUGACCGUAUGGACGAAAUGGAAUUUGAAAUCAAGUUGCUUCGAGAAGCUCUGCAGAGCCAGCAGGAUAGCAUCAGCCAGACCACCCAGGUCCAUCAAGAGGGGACUCCUGAUAAAAACAGGAUCCGUUAUCUUGAGGAACAGGUAGCUCAGCUACAAGGAGAGUGUCUAAGUUACCAAAACUGUGUAGAGGAAGCCUUCACCUUCUUGGUGAACUUAAAGAGUGCUGUCAGACUGAACCAAAAGCAGCAAUACAAACUGCAGGAGUGGUUUAACAUGACCCAGGAGGUCAAGAAGGCGGUGUUCAGCUCAUUCAGAGGGAGCCAUGGCGUCGGCACGCUGGAAGAAGGACCGCAGCAUGUGACAGUUCUCCAGCUGAAGCGAGAGCUCAAGAAAUGCCAGUGUGCACUGGCUGCUGAUGAAGCUGUAUUUAAUCAGAAGGAACUGGAGGUGAAGGAACUGAAGAAUCAAGUGCAAAUGAUGGUCCAGGAAAACAAAGGACACAUGGUAUCUUUGAAAGAAGCACAAAAAGUGAAUAGAUUGCAGAAUGAAAAAAUAAUAGAACAACAACUUCUUAUGGAUCAGCUGAGUGAAGAACUAGCAAAACUUAAUCUAUCAAUGACGGCUUCAGCUACAGAAUCUUGCGGAGAUGGGCCAGACACCAGGAUACCUGGAAAGAGACCAUGUACUGUACCGUUUGAUACUCGUUCAGGGCAUUAUAUUUAUAUCCCAGCCGGAUCAGAUUCCAGGAAGGUCCACACAAGUCCUUCUGUGUACUCUCUGGAUCAAGUAGUUGCCGGAUUUCGAACACGAAGUCAGAUGCUGCUGGGUCACAUAGAAGAACAAGAUGAAGUCCUCCACUGCCAAUUUUCUGAUAACAGUGAUGAUGAAGAAUCAGAAGGCCAGGAGAAAUCUGCAAUUAGAUGUAGAAGUCGCUCAUGGAUGCAAAAGCCAGGCUCUGUUUGUUCUCUUGUUGAAUUGAAUGAUAUUCAGGAUCAAACACCAAAGUCAGGUUUGGGGAAUGAAGAUUUAAAGAUUGAAUGUCUCCAGGAGAGUCAAGAGUUGAACUUGCAAAAAUUGAGGAAUUCAGAACUCAUACUUACUGCAGCUAAACAGAAAGUGAGAGAACUUACAAUUAACAUCAAGAUGAAGGAAGAUCUAAUUAAAGAAUUAAUAAAAACAGGUAACGAUGCCAAGUCUGUAAGCAAACAGUAUUCUCUGAAAGUAACAAAACUUGAGCACGAAGCAGAACAGGCAAAAGUGGAAUUAACUGAAACAGAGAAGCAGCUACAGGAACUAGAAAACAAAGAUCUUUCUGAUAUUGCUUUGAAGGUAAAAUUACAGAAGGAAUUCCGCAAAAAGAUGGACGCUGCAAAGCUAAGAGUCCAGGUCUUACAGAAGAAGCAGCAAAAUAGUAAGAAAUUGGCAUCCCUGUGCAUCCAAAAUGAGAAACGUGCUAAUGAGCUGGAGCAGAACGUAGAUCACUUGAAAUAUCAAAAGGUACAGCUGCAAAAGAGACUUCGAGAAGAAAAUGAAAAAAGGAAGCAACUGGAUGCAGAAAUUAAGCGGGAUCAACAAAAAAUCAAAGAACUAAAGUCAAAAACCGAACAGGAAGAAGCUGUGACGCUGAAAACAGAGGACCUUGAUGCAUUUACGAUGAAAACGAGAAAAGGUUCGUUUGGAAGUAUAGACCAGUUCCAGAAAAUGGAUGAGCAAAAGAAAUGGUUAGAUGAAGAAGUAGAAAAAGUCCUGAGCCAACGCCAAGAAUUGGAGGAGCUGGAAGAAGAUUUAAAAAAACGAGAGGCCAUAGUGUGUAAGAAGGAGGCCCUGUUACAGGAGAAGAGCCACCUGGAAAAUAAGAAGUUGAGAUCUAGUCAGGUCUUAAGCACAGAUAGUUUGAAAAUAUCAACUCGCCUGAGCUUGUUGGACCAAGAGUUGUCUGAAAAGAAUGUAGAGCUUCAACACAGCACGGCUGAGGAGAAAAUAAAGAUUUCCGAGCAAGUUCAGGCCCUCCAGAAAGAAAAGGAUCAGCUACAGAGACGAAGAGACAGUGUGGACGAGAAACUUAAAAAUGGUAGUGUGUUGUCACCUGAAGAAGAACAUGUUCUUUUCCAACUUGAAGAAGGGAUUGAAGCUUUGGAAGCGGCAAUUGAAUACAAGAAUGAAAGUAUCCGGAGUCGCCAGAACUUGCUCAGAGCUUCAUUCAGAAACCUCUCUCAUAGUGAAGCAAAUGUCUUGGAAAAACUAAUUUGCCUGAGUCCUGUUGAGAUUAGAGCUAUUCUUUUCAGAUAUUUCAAUAAGGUGGUCAGUUUGCGAGAAACUGAACGGAAACUGCAGUUACAGAAUGAAGAAAUUAAAAUGAAGGUUCUGGAACAGGAUAAUCUGGUUCGUGAGUUGGAAUCUGCACUGGAACAUCUGAAAUUGCAGUGUGACCGGAGACUGACUGUCCAGCAAAAGGAACAUGAGCAAAAACUCCAACUGCUGUUACAUCAUUUUAAAGAGCAAGAUGGGGAAGGCAUUAUGGAAACUUUAAAAACAUAUGAAGAUAAAAUCCAGCAGCUGGAAAAAGAUCUUUAUUUCUAUAAGAAAACUAGCAGAGAUCUUAAGAAGAAACUUAAGGAAUUGGUAGGGGAAACAGUUCGGCAGCAACUAGUACCAUCUGAACAUCGUGAUGCUGGAGAUGGAGUACUGAACCCUGAAGAAGCAGUCAUAGUUCCAGAAGAAUUAAAAUGGGCAUCCAGAACUGAAAAUAUGAAAUUAAGUGGAAGAGAAAGAGAAUUAGACAGUUCAACAAACAGUUUAAGAACACAACUGAAUCAGAAGCUCUGGGAAGAGGACCCAGAAUUACCUCGAAUCUGUAGCUCUUUAGCACCCACUAGUGGACAUUUGUUAAACAAUGAAGAUAAAAAAAUUGAUGAGUAUCAUUUUACAAAAUCUCAUAGUCGACCUUCAUCCCAAAUGCAGCCAGUGGGAAAUUCAGGACAGCUUCAAGGUGUCACGUCUGUAAAGCUGUGUCGUAAAGAGUUACGUCAGAUUUCUGCCUUGGAACUAUCAUUACGACGUUCCAGUCUUGGAGUUGGGGUUGGAUCUAUAACUGCUGAUUCCAUUGAAGUAUUUAGGAAACCGAGUGACUUAAAAACAUAGGCAUUUAAUGACAGAACUUUCAAUUUAGUAGAAGUGUAAGAUUCCUUUUUCUAACCUGUUAGAAAUUAAAGCUUCUGCUUACUAGCUCUUCCCUCAGGAUAAAGGAAGAGGGAAGGAAGGAAUCAUGUUAUAUCUUCUAUGGUAUAUUUCAGGAGUUUUAAUUAUUUGCAGAUAUUUCCAUAAUAACCAAAUGACUGCGUUUUCCAGUAGUAGCAAGUAAUGGAACAUUUAAAUAUUUCCACUUAAAACUUUGCUUAAAAUUUCUUUCCAGGCAUAUAUAAAGAACAAAACCAAGAGUAGAAUAAUAAACUAAAAUAUCCAUCAAAUGUAUAUUGCUAUAUAAUAUAAAAGUAUGUUUUAAUACAUGAA